AAACAAGACUCAAACUCGAUUCAAAGGUGGCAUCAGUUUUCCUGAACUCCUUUAGAAGAAUUACCUCCAGUUUCCACGCGGCGUCUCCCUUGUCUCGUUCAACGCGCUCCGAAAAAAAGGGAGAAGGGCAUUUUGGAAGGUGGAGCUUUGGCUCCCUAGGAACCUCGCUUCAAUGGCGCUGUUGGCAAGCCGAGCUGAAGCGUUUGUCGCUCGCACCGGAAGAGUUGUUCCCUCUCGAGCAUCUGAUCUCCACCGUCCGACGAAGGCUGGCAGUUUUCCCUUUUGACAGAAUGCAUCGAAUGGAAGAUACUCGUCUAAAUGCCUGGCACAGACAUCUGAGAAAUUACUCCUAUUAUAAAGCCAAUGUGAUCUCAGCUGUUGAUGCAGUCAAGUAUUGGCAAGGCGUGUUUGAGGCAAACAAUAUCCCAGAAGCACAGACAUCUUCUGAAUAUAUUGUUUCUCAUGUCCUAGGAGCAAAAACAUUCCAGAGUCUGAAUGCCAGCAGCAUAUCUGCUCCCCUUUCAGCAAAGCAACAAAAACAGAUCCAACAGCUCUGUGUGAAACGACUACAACGGAUGCCAGUACAGUAUGUUCUUGGUGAAUGGGAUUUCCAAGAUCUGACACUCAAGAUGAAGCCUCCAGUUUUCAUUCCUCGACCAGAGACAGAGGAACUGGUUUCUCUCAUUCUGGAUGAAGAACGCAGGAAGAGAUUGACUUCUGCAUGCAGCAAGGUCCUUCAGAAUUUCCCAGAGACCCGUGGUCCUGUUAUUUUGGAAGUUGGCUGUGGUUCAGGGGCAAUUGGUUUAAGUCUUCUGAAAAAGCUUCCUCACAGUCAGCUCAUUGCCAUCGAUAAAUUAGAAGCUGCUGUUAAUCUGACCAAGGAAAAUGCAGAACGGUUACAACUUCAGGAAAGAAUCCAUAUCUUUCACCGUGAUAUAUCUUCAUGUCCUUGGGAAUGUCUUCAGCCUUGGGGUUUGGUAGAUACUAUCAUCAGUAAUCCACCUUACAUUUUUCAUGAAGAUAUGAGUGAGUUGGCAGCAGAAAUUCUCUGCUUUGAGGACCUUGAUGCCCUGGAUGGAGGAAUUGAUGGGAUGAGCAUCAUCAAAGAAAUUCUGAAAAUGGCCUCUUCCAUUCUCAAGGAUUGUGGGAGUGUGUAUUUGGAGGUUGACCCCAGGCACCCCAAAAUGGUAACAAAUUGGCUGUCCAGUCAUCCGGAUUUGUUCCUCUUUGUAUCUGCUACACACAAGGACUUCUAUGGAAAGCCAAGGUUUCUGCAUAUUCAAAAACAUAGGAAAGAAGAUCGCCAAGGAUCAUGACUAGUUCUGUCUCCCAACUCUGGAAGUGUUUACAGUGCUUUCUAAGGGUAUUUUCUCAGAAAGCCAGAUGUCUCUUGAUAACAUCUGCUAGCUUGCAUUUUGCUGAGGAUGACUUACUUCAAAUUUUCAAGUUAUUUUGUGAUUAUUCCAGUUGUUACGUAAGAGACAUAGCAUUUCUAUCCAAUGUAUAAUUGCUAUUGUUCUGGAUCUUAUAAUUGCUUUACAUUUCUAAAUUUAAAAGUAUAGAAUGGAGUUAAGAAUAAAAUACUAUGAAUACAGAAUAAAAUAUUUUUACAGAAACAUGAGAUACUGAAACAUUUUUUUAAAUCAUAAGGAGAAAUUUAGAGAUUAUUUUUCCUUUCCUUUCCAUUUUCUUCUAAUUGCUAUUUAAGGAUUUGCCUAUUUAGAGUUUUUGAUCUGUAAACCAGGUACUGAGAAGCAGGAAUUGAAUUUGCUGAACAAAAGAACAAAGUACGUAUGUAUCAGUAAUUAGUACACAUCAGAGGGAAGCUUCAAAGUAAUAUACUGAUACAUUAUGCUUGAUAAUGUAUCAGUAUUGAAUUUUGUAUACUGAUAAUGUAUCAGUAUUGAAUUUUGCUGCUUAAUAUUCCUUUUGAUAAAUACUAUUAUAAAAUGGCAUGUUGCUUUUUUCCAGUGCAUUAUUUUAGGGAUGAAAAAAGCACUCUUUUAUAUUCAGCUGUUUGCAUUUUUAAAAAAUCUGCCCAAUAUGUUCAUUGCUUAUUUGGAGCUGGAUCCAAAUAUAACUUUCCACUGGUACAUGCUGCCUGUAUCGCUGUACUGCAUUCUUCUGUUUUCUUCCUUCUGGUAACAUUCAUUUCCUCAACCUUGUGCCAAUGAUCUGUAAAAUGAUACCACAAAUGCUGACCCUACUUUAAGGACACAAAUGGAAUUGCCAUUUCUUCGUGCACGAGAUGGGGUUCGUUGCCAAAGUGCAUUGUUAAAGAACAACCUGUCUUUUCAUUACAGUGUGUACCAUAACAUCUAAUGUACUUUUGGCAAAAGAUAGCAGAUGCCUUUCAUAAGAUAUAUUAACAUGGCAGCCUAUAAGUGCUGUGACAUUCCCAAACCCAUCAGAUGUCCCUUGAGAGGAGGUUCUAACAAGGAAAGCCUUUAUAGUUUAACUACAAGCUCUCUAAGACUUAGUAAUUGUGUCAUAAAUUUGCAGGCAGGUAAUAAUAAUGUUUUAUCAUUUUACAUGACAUGUUAUGCUGUUGGUACAAGUUGGCACAGAUUUCAGUUCCUUGUAGAAUUAAGGAUAAGAAAGUACGGUAAAUAGUGGUUUUCGACAAUAAAUGUGCAGAGGUUGGGUUUUGUUUGCCCAGCAGCUGCUAGUAGAUGGGUUUCUCUAGGGUGAGUAUACUACUAUAGCUGUUCAACAGUGUCAGUUUUCUUAGAAAUAACUUGGGCUUGGUGCCAGGUGGUGGCACAGUGCUUCCAGUGCAUGGAAGCAGGUACAUGGCUGUAAUUAUCAAGAGGAGCUUAAGUAGAGCUGGAAAAUUGCUGUGGUUUCUGACUUGGAGAGACACUUUGCUCCAAGGGUGCAAAUGAAAUUCCAGCCUAAUCAGAGGCCUAAUCUCUAAUAAGAGACCAUGUAAAGAUUAUGCUUGCUUAUCCCCAGAGUUAGGAUUGAAAUACUGCAACAAAAUAUUGCCCUGUUAACUGCUUCUGUUCAGUUUCAGCCUGACUGACUUCCUUGUUCGAAAGUCAAAGAUUGGUUGACCUAGCAGCAAAGAGGUCAAAGUGAGAGACUGGAUAUCCUCAGUUCAUUUCAUCUAACCAGUGUUUCCCAACCUUGGCAACUUUAAGACAGGUGGAUUCAACUCCUAGAAUUCCCCAUGCCAACCAAGCCACACCCACAGAACCAGUAGAAGAAAUUUUUGAAACCGACCACUGGUGUAUAUGAUGUACCAACUGAUUAAGAAGAGAAAAGCUACUUGAUACCAGGCUUUGAUUUAUCCUUUAGAAUUAGCUGGAUUGUUGUUGUUGUUGUUGUUGUUUCAUUUAUUUUCAAAUGAACUUUCUGUUUUUUUCCAGUAAGCUGAAGCUUCGUGCUCCAAAGGUUUAAUUUGCAGGCAGUCUUUACAUUCCAACAAUGAGAUCCUCACUCUUCUAUGAAAAGACCUCAAAAGAGGAUAUGUGUCCAUGGAACAGUCCUGAAGCGCUGAUGGGGGAGAGAGAUUGUAGCCUGUGUUUGAUAGAAAUAUAGUCAGGGAGUAUGUAUUGACCUUGAAGAGUUUCACAUCUCCAAGAGCUUCAAUCUUGCUGAUCCAAUUCAUCUAAGAAAAACUCAUGAAUUGAUAACAUGCCAGAUAACUAGAGGAUGACAAAUGCAAGGUAAGAAGGAUCUAGGGAACUACAGAACUACAGAAAAGAUUAAAAAGUGAUUGGUUUGUAAACAACUUGAAAAUAAUCCAGUAAUAGCUAGUAUCUGUGAUGGUUUUGUCAAGAACAGGUCUUGUCAGGCUAAUCUUAUUACAUUUUUCAUCAGAUAAUUUCCUUAGUAGGAUCUGGGACUAGUGUAGACAUAACAUGUUGCAAUUCAGCAAAACAUUAUACCAAAUAGCAACAUUUUGAUUAACACAAUAGUUAAAUAUUACCUGGAUAGCAUAUAAUUGGAUGGAUCCACAAGUUGCUUAAAAAAAUCAUACUUAAAUUGUUGAAAAGUGGUUUCAACCUAAAUCUGGCAUGAGAUGACACAGAUCUUGGUUCUGAGCCGAGUACUUUUCAACACUGUAAGGAUUCAGAGAAAGAGGUGGAUUAAAAGCUUAUCAGAUGAUGCAAAACUGGAUGGAACAGCUAAUAUUCUAAAAACACAAGAUUCAAAAUUAUAAUUGGCUAAAUAUAACAGAAUUAAAUUUAACAGAGUCAAAUGUAAUGAGGAAAAAUCAAAUGCACAUUUACAGUAAGAGCAGUACUUGGCCUGGUAAUAAAAUGUGUGAAAAAUUGCUUAGAGUAGUAGUUGGUCACAAUCUAUUCCGGGCUCGCCGGAAAUCAUCCAUCAGCAUGACCAAAGCAGUUUCCGUGCUGUAGCCAGACCUGAAGCCAGACUGAAAAGGGUCUAAAUAAUCCAUUUCCUCCAAUGACCUGCAGGAGCUGAAGUGCCACCACUUUCUCUACAACCUUUCCCACAAAGGAUAGGUUGGAGACUGGACGAAAGUUCUUUAAUUCUGCUGGAUCAAGGGAAGGCUUCUUGAGGAGGCUUCUUACAACCGCUUCCUUUAAUGGUUGCAGGAAGGCCCCUUCCCUCAAGGACGUGUUAACUAAAGCCUGGAGCCAGCCUCGUGUCACCUGCCUGCUGGCCAAAACCAGCCAGGAGUGCAUGGGUCCAACAAACAAGUGGAGGAACUCAUCGUUCCUACAGCCUUGUCCACUUCCUCAGGAGUCACAGGCUCAAACUCAUCCCACACAAUGGAACUAAGACCUGCCCCUGUCAUCUCGGUUGGAAAGAAUAGAUUGCCCCCCUCAUCUUUGUGACAGACUGUCAAAUAUUGGAAAACUGCUAUCAUGUCAUUCCAGUCCUUCUUUUCAUUAGAAAUACCCAGUUCCUGCAACCAUUCUUCAUAUGUUUUAGCCUCCAGCCUCCUAAUCAUCUUUGUUGCUCUUCUCAGAACUCUUUCUAGAGUCUCAACAUCUUUUUUGUGUCAUGGUGACCAGAACUGGAUGCUGUAUUCCAAGUGUGGUCUCACCACGGCGGUAUAUAGCGGUACUAAUACUUCACAUGAUCUUGAUACUAUUCCCCUGUUGAUGCAGCCUAGGACUGCAUUGGCUUUUUGGCAGCUGCAGCACAUGGUUGUAUAUUCUUUGGCUGAAAAUUAAUAGUUGUGAAGCCGUUCAGCAUAUAUGAUCAUUUACCUUUGAUUAUUUGCAUGUUAAUGUUUAAAAUUAAACAAGGCUUUCACAUUUGAUUAUUUUUAAAUAAAGUUUGGUUUUAUUUAUCACUUGUGAGUUUGAUCUAUCUUCCAAAGUGUUGGAGAGGAAGAAGAUUAAUAUCUUAAUCACACAGCUCCACACUGUAUAGCUAGGAGUGGUGCUACUACAAUUAUCUUAUUUUUACUUUGUAAUUACCAGGAGAGCAGUACAGUUCAUGGGAGCCCAGUCUUUCUCACGUGCCACUGAUACAGGGAAAACAGCAGGAGAGAUGUCUCCUUGGAAGAGGUGGUACCAAGAGUAAUCACUAAGCCACUAAACCACAACAAGAGUCAGAGCAACAUUGAGUGUAGAGCCAGGAGGGGGACAUUUGAGAUCUCCUACCUUUCAUGUUAUGAAUAUAUCCAUGCUACAAUAGACCUCUGUGCUACUAGAGUUACUGUCCCAUCCUUUAGGCUUAGAGAUCAUAAGUAAUUCUGUUCUUUUCUUACAGACAUGAGUCAAAAGUUCCAGAGGCCAUCAUGCUUUAUGGUAGAGAUAAUGCAAUGUUAAUUAUAUCUUCUCUUCUUUUUCUUAGUAGAUUAAUAUCCUUCCACAUCAAAGUAAAUUAAGAGGAAACUGGUCCAGUAUCAUAUAACAGGCAACAACACGAAUUCAAGUUAUGUUAUGUAAUCUCCAAAUCAGUAAAUAUCUACAAACCUAAAAAAAAGAAAACAUUUGAAAUUGUCUCCUUGGCUUUAGAUAAUUACUGUCUUCAGGUAAUAUACAGGUAGUCUUCAACUUUAUGACCAUUUGUUCAGUGACCUUUUAAAGUUAUGACACUGCCCUGAAAAGUUACUUAUAAUUGGUCCUCACACUUACAACCAGUGCAGCAUUAUUGCAGUCAAGUGUUUAGCAACCAGCAUGCAUCUCAGGGUCAUGUGAUUGCCAUUCCACGACAAAUAAAGUCAAAGGGGGAAGCCAGAUUUGCUUAAUGUUCAUGGAGGAAAAAAGCUAAUAAAAUCAGACACAUUUAACAACUGCGUCACUUAGCGAUUAAAGUUCUGAACCCAAUUGUAGUCAUAAGUUGAGGAUGUGUCUAAUGAGUUGUAAUAUAUGAUCCUAUUUUGUUGCCCAAACAUCUAUGAAGGACAAGCAAAGAAUUAUUAAAACAGAAGACAUUUAAUAACUCGAAGAAAUCCACCAGCAUUCCUGAUUCUCAAAGCUGUUCUGUAAGAAAGAAUGGGCUGAAAUUCCUCUAAACUAAACCAAUAUUUGCACAGGACUGAUCAACAGUUAUUGGAAACAUUUAGUUCCAAUUAUUGCUGUCCGGGGGAAGGGAGCACACUUGUUAUUGAAAGCAAAGGUUCACCUGUUGUUGUUGUUUUUGUUUUUUUUUACUACGUACAAAUAUGCAGCUUUGGAUAGUUUUCUUCUAUUUUUGAACAAUAUAUUUUUGAUUCAUUUAAUUGGAUUUUCUUUACCCAGUUUUAAGAUUUCUAUGGAGAACAGAUCAUAUAUUAGUUAGGUCAUAUUUAUGGAAAAAUAUUGAACAUUCAAAAAAAAAAAACCCCAGUCUCAUCUAUGUUCAAACAUCCACUAAGUCCUAAUAUACUUGUUGUGGCCCGCCAGCAGCCUGCACAGAUUGUGGCUGAUCCCGACGAUGAGGAGGCUGGUAUGGAGUUGCGCCAGCAGCCUGUCAGCCAGCGCUCGAGUCAGACAGCGAGGAGGCUGAAGAAGAUGUGGUGCCAGAGGCAGAGACUCAGCCAGGGCCUUCAGAACCUCCAGAGGCUCCUUCAAGUGAAGAGGAUGAAGUAGAGGAACCUCUUCUCAAUGCUCGAGCACGCAGGGCUGCCAAAAGGCAGGAGUAGCUACUCAGUAGGAGGUCUCCUCGAGAGUAAGGCUUGGGGCUAAUUGACCAUUCCCUUAGCCUAUUUAAGUUCGCUCACAGAUAGCGCACACUGCUGUAAACAAUGUUUAAUUACUACGCAGAGCAUUCUGAGAGUGAGUUUCUUGUUAUAUCGUGGUUUCUGGGCUGGUUGCCAACCCUUGUCGGACUUUGUUUAUUCUCUGUAAUUCAUAGCAGGCUGAUAAGGACAUUUGCACUGAAAGCCUGCAUUUUGAAAGGGGUCUGUUUGUAUUAAACGGAGUUUUUGGA